UUAAUUAAUAUGUCGACUAGUAUAAUAUAUUUUAGCAUUUCUCGUGACAAUAUUUUUUAACCAAUUUCAAGAGGAAUCAAUAAGAAAAAUCAUAAUAUCCGCCUCUUUGCAUUUUUCUUAUCGAGUAAAAGAUAAAAGGUAGGAAUAGCAUCCAACAAAACUGGUACUCUGUUUGGAUACAGAAAAGGAAAGGAGAGAAAAAUCAAUUGUGGAAAAGCGAAAGUGGUGGAGAAAAUAUGUGUACUUUAGAGAAGCGCGGUAAUUUAUUCUUCCUUACACUCACCGGCGACGACGAUCACCGCCUUGGCCCCGAUGCCAUCGACUCCAUCCUCUCCGCUAUUUCCCAACUUAAAUCCCAAGCCACACCUGGCUCCGUCCUCAUCACGACCGCCCAAGGCACCAAGUUUUUCUCAAAUGGAUUCGAUCUCGCCUGGGCCCGAUCCGCCGACUCCAAAUCAGGCGCCGUCACUCGCCUCCGUCAGAUGGUCGCUUCCUUUAAGCCAGUCGCCGCCGAAUUAAUCUCCCUCCCGAUGCCGACGAUCGCUGCCCUUCCUGGCCACGCCGCUGCCGGAGGCUUUUUAUUGUCCCUGUGCCACGACUACAUAUUGAUGCGGAGAGAUAAAGGUGUUCUCUACAUGUCCGAGGUCGAUUUAGGACUUCCGUUUCCAGACUACUUCGCUGCAGCAAUGAGGUCGAAGAUAGGAUCGGUUUCGGCUCGGCGGGACGUGAUGCUCAAGGGGGCGAAGAUCAAGGGCGAUGACGCAGUUAGAAUGGGGAUAGCCGAGUCGGCGCACGAUAGCGCGGAGAAGACCUUGGAGGCUGCGGUGCGCCUGGCGGAACAAUUGGCCAAGAGGAAGUGGAAUGGCGAGGUUUACGCGGAGAUAAGGAAGAGUAUGUUCCCGGAAUUGUGCGGCGUGCUUGGAGUUUCCACAAAAGUUAUUGCCCCAAAGCUUUGAUGGAAAACCUUUCUGGAUUUUCAAUCAAUUAAAAAGUUUUAAGGUUUUUUCAUUAAAGAUAAUAUCCCGUUUCAAUGAUUUCAUAUGCAGAUUAAUCUAUAAGAACAAAUGCCAUAAUGUUGGAAUGAAAAAUGAUGAUGUUUUUCUUCGGCUGAACAUAGAAGAAACGGAAAUUUCACUUGUGUAGUUGUGUAUAGAUAAUGUUAUAAAUCUUUUGGUUGGGUGAAA